GUCACAUAUCUGUGAAGUGCGUGCAUAUUGUUCAAGAUGCCUGGUGGAUCUAAGUUCCAAUAUGAUGAAAGUGGUGGCACCUUUUUCUAUUUUUUACUGUCAUUUGAAGCAUUAGUUGUCAUCCCUUGCACAUAUUAUUUCUAUCCUAGAUCUAAAGAACAACAAAAAGUUAAGUCCCAUUCUGAUUGCCACUGUGAGAAUUGAUCAAAUAGCAGAUUACGUUCUAAAGAACCAUUACGAAAAGCUAAGGAGAGAUUUAUAAAAUUUCUUCUACUAAUUGGUUGGACAUCCCUUUUUCUCACUGCUUAUAAAGUGGCUCAUUUACAGCAUGAUUAUGUUGCUUAUGAUCCAUUCGAAAUACUUCAAAUUGAUCCUGGUGCUUCAAUGGCUGAAAUAAAAAAGGCCUACAGACGUCUAAGUUUACUAUAUCAUCCUGAUAAAGCUGAAGGUGAUGAAAGAAAGUUCAUGAGGAUAGCUAAAGCAUAUGCAGCCUUGACUGAUGAAGAAGCUCGAAAAAAUUUUGAGAUUUAUGGCAAUCCAGAUGGGCCUGGAGCUACUUCAUUUGGAAUUGCUUUACCAUCUUCAAUUGUUGCAGAAGAAAAUUCUUUUAUGGUCCUUGGACUAUAUGCUCUUGUUUUCAUGGUGGCUCUACCAGUUGGAGUGGGCAUAUGGUGGCACCAGUCUCUCAAAUUUGGUGGUGAUGAAGUGCUGUUAGACACUAGCCAGAUGUAUUUUUAUUACUUAUAUAAAACACCUUUCAUGAUUAUUAAAAGAAUCAUUAUGAUACUGGGUGCCUCUAUGGAAUUUAAUAGAGCUUAUAAUAGUGAAAUAAUAGAAAGGCCCAGUGAUAAUGUUGAAAUUCCACAGUUAAUAAAAGAGCUUUCAAAUGUUGGAGAGAAGAAUAGAGAAAAACCUCUGUGUUUUGGUUACAGCAUCAAAGCUCGUGUACUUCUUCAUGCGCACUUGUCACGAUUAAAGUUAUCACCUGCACUCGAAGAAGAUAAAUUAUAUAUUGUCAAAAAAUGUCCCUAUCUUUUACAAGAAUUUGUCCAAUGUGCAUCACAGUUAACCAUGCUUGCCUUAAAUGGACGGGUCACUAGAAUGCCAACCCUUGAUACCAUUGAAAAUACCAUGAAGCUGUGUGCAUGUAUAGUCCAGGCACUGUGGGAUAACAAAAGUCCCUUUUUACAACUACCACAUGUUACAGAAGAUAUGCUACGUCAUUUCAUGACAAGAAAACGCAAUAUCCGCAGUUUAAGAAAUUUAGCAUGUAUGAAAUCAGAUGAGAGAAGAGCAAUGCUGAGAAGCCUUAGUGAUGAUGAAUAUCGUGAUGUCAUGAAUGUUCUUGCCAAAUUUCCUGUUGUUGAGGUUGAUGUUAAGUCUGAAGUUCUUGAUGAUGAAGACUCUGGCACAAUAACUGCAUGUGCAAUCGUAACAGUCACAGCAACUCUCUACAGGAAGGAUAUGUCUACGUUGUUUGAUCGGGAACAAGUCCGUGAAGAAGUUCUGGAUGAGAAAGAUACACAACUAGAUGAAGAGAAUGUUGAUAUGUCACCCAAGUCAAAGAAAGAAAAUCAAAGGAAAGUGUGGCAUAAGGAAAAGAAGAAAAAAGUGAGGGGAAAGGUUAAGAAAAAGACAGCUGCAUCUAAAGCAUCUGCACCAGUCAAAACUAAUGUAAAUGGUAUUCAAGUACCAAAUGAUGUUUUACCUCAUACAAAAACGGAAGAAAAAGCGAAAGAUUCAGAUAGCCUUGGGGAUAGCGAUAGUGACUCAGAUCGUGGGACAGAUCAUUCAAGUUCUGAUGAACAAAGAAACGAGAAAAACGACACAGAAGAAGAUGCUGAAUGGGAAAAAUUUCAGAAGAAAGUAUCCAAAAAGGAGAAGGCUCUAGAAACCAAAUCUAAAAUAUCCCACACUGUCCACUGUCCUUUCUUUCCUGAGCCAAAGCAGGAAUUUUGGUGGAUAUAUGUAAUUGACAAGAAGAAACAUGCAUUGAUUACCAUUCCAUAUUUUGUGACAAGCCUUGUCAACCAAGAGGAAAUUGAACUCAAAUUUACUGCGCCUCCAAAACCAGGCAUAUACACAUACUGUGUUGUUGUUCGAAGUGAUUCAUAUGUGGAUUUUGAUGUCAUAAGGCAGAUAAAGCUUGAUGUAAAGGAAGCCAAAGAGGUAGAUCUAACUCAGUUGCAAUGGGAUGUUUCUGAAGAAGAGGAAGAGAAAGACGAGGAAGAGAGUGCUGUUGAGGAUUCUGAUUUGGCAACUGAUGAUGAACUUGAUGAUGAGUAGAUAUCAAAAUGUUUAUAUGUAAAAUUAUGUAUUAAGUCAUUUUUAUAACAGUCAGCGCUGGAAGCUACAAUAAAUGGGAGACCUGUAAUCAAGGUCUCAUUCUUCAGACUUGGACAUGGUGAUUGACCAAGCAUAUUAAAGUUAAAACUUGCCUAAGUUAUUAGUCUUUUCUAAUAAGAUUUUCAUAUUUGCUAUAUCACACUUUAUAUAUGUUUGUGUUUCUAAGUGUAUACAAUAUUUUUAUUAGAAUGAAUGAUUUCUUAUGAUGAUUGGCAAAAUUAAAAUUUGAUUACAAUUUUGUACUCUGUGUAUGUAUAUAUGUAUGUUGACAGUUAAAUUAAUUAUGAAAUAUUGUAUCAAAAAAUUGCAGUUCAGAUUGAUAUGAGGAAGUUACAUACAUUAACAAAUCGGUAAUUCUGCAUAAGGAAUUAUGAUUGUGUUUUCUUACUUUUAACUCAAGACCCUACUAAGAAGUCAUUUGUAAACCAUUUUAAUACUAAGUAAACAUACAUUUUUUAAAAAUUUUCUCAUCUAAGUAAAAUCAGUGUUGUAAGUUGAGAAGAAUUUUAUUUAUUUUUUGAAUGAUUGGAACAAUAUUUUAAGAUUCAUAAGUGACUUUACUUUUUUAUUUUGAUGAUUCCGGUGCAUAUUUUCUUAAGAUUUAUCUUUUUUAUAGAUUUCUGAGCUUUCUUAGCUUUUUUGAGUGCAUAUUAUUACACCAUGCUGUGUUAUUUAAAAUUUUUAUUACUAUAAGCAAUUAGCUAAAAAAUAGCAAGUUGCUUUUUGUAAUAUAUAUUUUAAAUAGCUUAUUCUGUGAUAAUAAUCUAGUUAGGUAUGAUGCUUAUUUCUUAGUAUAGUUCUUUUUGUUUUUCUUUCUAUUAAUUUUUAAGUGCUUCAAAAUGUUGUUCCACUUUUCAAAAAUAGAAUCAUAAUUUAUGUCCAAAUAUGUUUAUAAUAUAACUAAAUGAUUUGCGAUAAUAAAUGUAAUUAAAUGUAAUAAGUUUUAAAUUAUGAAUAUAAUAACUAAUACCUCAUGAAAUCUAUUCAUUGAGCUAAUUUAUUUGAGCUAAUUUAUGUAAAAUUAAACUGCUUCUGUUCAAACAUAUAUAUCAGAAAAUUUGCCAAAACAAAAAUUAUACAUUUGAUUUAGAAAACUCAUAUUUUACCAUAAAUAUUGCAAUUUUUCAGCUCAUGAAACUGCACUGGAAAAAAUUUUAGUAUUCUUCGUUUCGUAAAUGAACAUCAGAUAAAUAAAUUUGUUUCUUGAUCAAUUAUUUGAUUGAUUGAUCAAUAAAUUAUUGUAUAAAAGUUUUUGAUUUCAGGUUCUUCACAAUCUUGCUAACAUGCAUUAAAAAUGAUCUCUGUAUAUGAACAUUUUCCAUAAGUGUAAAAAGUAAUAUUUAUUUAAAUGGAAUGUAAAUAAAAAAAUUUCAUAAAUAA